UCAAAGCGAAUCCCUCUUAAAAGUUGUCGCUCUGUUAGUCGUUGCGGUAUCGAUACGUUGAACCUUGGCCUGAAGAAAACGCAUUGCAAAAUUUCUCAUUUCUCAAUUUCUCAAACGCGGGGGAGCAGAGAAAUUUUCGAUGAAAUUCACGGAUUCACCUGUGAUCGAACUCCCUGUGCGCGAUGCACUCCUCUCUAUCGAACAAGACAACGGCUCUAUGCACGUCGGCACUUCCGUCUGGCCCUGCUCCCUUGUCCUCGUCAAAUUCGUUGAGCGCUGGCUUCUGACCCACAACUCGUCUCUCUCCACCCCGAACCCUUAUGUUCACCUCCUCAACUUCUCUGGCAAGCGAGCCAUUGAACUGGGCUCUGGAUGUGGCCCUGCCGGCAUGGGACUCUCCUUGCUCGGCCUGGACAUCAUUCUCACUGAUAUAGCCCCAGUCAUGCCUGCCCUCAAGCGCAACCUCAAACGCAACAAACCCACACUUGGGAAAAACCUAAAAUAUGCCCAACUUUACUGGAACAACCUCAAUCAAAUCAAAACCCUAAACCCUCCUUUCGAUUUUGUCAUCGCCGCUGACGUCGUUUACAUAGAGGAGUCUGUCGGCCCGCUUGUUUCUGCCAUGGAAGCUCUUGUGGGGAAUUCUGGUUUCGUGUUGCUGGGUUACCAAUUGAGGUCACCGGAGGCUCACCGGCUGUUCUGGGAAUUGUGCGAGAGGGUUUUCACGAUUGAGAAGGUCCCCCACGAGGAUUUGCACCCAGAAUAUGCGUAUGAGGAGACGGAUGUAUACAUAAUGAGGAAGAAAUGAAUGUUAAUUUGAUAAUUUCAGAUAUUUGCCAUGUACAAACAAGGAGAGACACUGACAGGGGGUUCCCAUAUUCAGGAUUAUAGGUUUUGUUGGAUGUUUGUAUGUGAAUCUUGUAUUUUACUGGAAAUCCAUAAUAAUUAACCUACUUUUACAGUUACUAUCCGUAACAGUUUUAAGAAAGAAAUCGUCCAACCUAUUCCUGAUAUAGCAGCCCAGUUGGGAUGUAAAGGAAAUCUCUUGGUUGUCCUGUUCUUAAACAGAGUUGGGAUCAUUGAUACUUAAGUAAAUUCUUUGACCUAAGGUUAUGUAAAUUUAACAGAAAACAUAACUCUUGCAGUCAAUUGCAUGUUUACGUA